AGGUGAUAUCUUGGACUCUUGGUAUCAUUUGAAUUUAAAAAAAAAACAUGAAAACUUUCUUCACUCUCUUUACACUCUCAUUUCUCUUGUUUGCUAGCUCUGCAGAGGCAAGGAAAGACCUGGGGGAGUAUUGGAAAGAUGUCAUGAAAGAUAAACCCAUGCCACAAUCAAUCCAAAACCUUGUUCAUGUGCAUUCUGCAAUGUCUGCAGCCUCUAAUCAGAAGGCUAAUAUAGUGGGUCAGGAAGAAGGGAAGCCUUUGGUUAAGGAUUUAAACCACCAGCCUGAGUCAACAGAUGAUCAGAAAUCCUUUGUUAAAAACUUUAAGGCUAAUCCCAUAUUCUACCCUGCCUAUUCUAAUGCCAAACCAACUGAUAAAGAAUCCUUUGUUAAGAACUUCAAGCCCAAUCCCAUAUUUUACCCUGCGUAUGCUAAAGCAGCUGCAGAUAAGAAAUCUUUUGCUAAGAACUUUGAGGCUAGUCCAAUAUUUUACCCUGUGUAUGCUAAACCAGCUGCAGAUAAGAAAUCUUUUGCUAAGAACUUUGAGGCUAGUCCAAUAUUUUACCCUGUGUAUGCUAAACCAGCUGUAGAUAAGAAAUCUUUUGCUAAGAACUUUGUGGCUAGUCCCGUAUUUUACCCUGCUUAUGCUGCCUAUUCUAAAUCCACCAAUGACAAUUCCUUUGUUAAGGAUUCCGAACUGAAGCCCACUACUAAAAAUACUAAAGAGAAACCCUUUGUUAAGGACUCCGAGACACAAACUUGAUGUCCCGGGGUUGAUCAUCAGCAAUGAAACUCCUGCAAGAUAGAGAGCCCUUUAUUAUUUAGUUUACUGUUG